AUAAUGCGGAAACAGUCCUGCCCUUUCUGUUGAUGUGCCAAAGGUCGCUUGGCACCUAGAGUGAAGUGAGAGGAAUGCCCUCUCAUUAUUGCCUGAGGAUCCCUUAGAAGAGCUUUGCCUGGAUUGUGUGGGACAGAGAGAAAUCGAGAGACGAAGGGAAGAUGGGGAGAGAAAGACACCUGCAGACCUGUUUCACAUCCUGUGAAGCAACUUCCCUGCAGAACACAGGAGUGUAAGUCACAAUGAAUGGUCACGUUUCUAAUCAUCCCAGUGGUUUUGGAAUUUAUCCCUCUCAAAUGAAUGGCUACGGAUCAUCACCCACCUUUUCCCAGAUGGACCGAGAACAGGGUUCAAAAACAAGUGCAAAGGCCCUUUAUGAACAAAGGAAGAACUAUGCACGGGACAGUGUCAGCAGUGUGUCAGAUAUAUCUCAAUACCGUGUUGAACACUUGACUACCUUUGUUCUGGAUCGGAAAGAUGCUAUGAUAACUGUUGAUGAUGGAAUAAGGAAGCUGAAAUUGCUUGAUGCCAAGGGCAAAGUGUGGACUCAAGAUAUGAUUCUUCAGGUAGAUGACAGAGCUGUGAGCCUGAUUGAUUUAGAAUCAAAGAAUGAACUGGAGAAUUUCCCUUUAAGCACAAUCCAGCACUGCCAACCUGUGAUGCAUUCCUGUAACUAUGACUCAAUUCUUGCCCUGGUGUGCAAAGAGCCAACACAGAACAAGCCUGACCUUCAUCUUUUCCAAUGUGAAGAGGUUAAGGCCAACCUUAUCAGUGAAGAUAUUGAAAGUGCAAUCAGUGACAGUAAAGGAGGGAAACAGAAGAGGCGGCCUGAGGCCCUGAGGAUGAUUUCCAAAGCAGACCCUGGCAUUCCACCUCCACCAAGAGCUCCUGCACCUGUGCCCCCUGGGACUGUGACCCAGGUGGAUGUUAGAAGCCGUGUGGCCGCCUGGUCUGCAUGGGCAGCCGACCAAGGGGAUUUUGAGAAACCAAGGCAGUAUCAUGAGCAGGAAGAAACCCCAGAGAUGGUGGCAGCCCGAAUUGACAGAGAUGUGCAAAUCUUAAACCACAUCUUGGAUGACAUUGAAUUUUUUAUCACCAAACUUCAAAAAGCAGCAGAAGCAUAUUCUGAGCUUUCAAAAAGGAAGAAAACUAAAAAGGGUAAAAAGAAGGGACCAGGUGAGGGUGUCUUAACACUUCGAGCAAAACCCCCACCUCCUGAUGAAUUUGUUGACUGUUUCCAAAAGUUUAAACAUGGGUUUAAUCUUCUGGCCAAAUUGAAGUCUCAUAUCCAGAACCCUAGUGCUUCAGAUUUGGUUCACUUUUUAUUCACUCCAUUAAAUAUGGUGGUACAGACAACUGGAGGUCCUGAACUAGCCAGCUCAGUACUCAGCCCCCUACUGACUAAGGACACAAUCGAUUUCUUAAAUUACACUGUCAGUGCUGAAGAAAGGCAGCUGUGGAUGUCGCUGGGGGAAACAUGGAUGAAAGCCAGAGCAGAAUGGCCAAAAGAACAGUUUAUUGCUCCUUAUGUUCCCCGAUUCCGCAAUGGUUGGGAGCCCCCAAUGCUGAACUACAUGGGGGUACGUGUGGAACAGGACCUUUAUCAGCUGGCGGAAUCUGUGGCAAAUGUAGCAGAACAUCAGCGCAAACAAGAAGCAAAAAGAUUAUCCACAGAGCACUCCAGCAUGUCAGACUAUUCUCCAGCUGAUGGAUACACAUUCAAUAACGCUUACAGGGCACCCCAUCUGGACCAGGCAGAUACUGCUGUUGCUUUUAAGCCAACUCCUAAUCGCCAUGUAGAGAGAAAUUAUGAACCGACUAUACCACAGCCCAAGAAAUAUGCCAAAUCCAAGUAUGAGUUCACAGCAAGGAACCAUAGCGAGCUCUCUGUUCAGAAGGAUGACAUUUUAGAGAUCCUUGAUGAUAGGAAGCAGUGGUGGAAAGUUCGAAAUGCAAGUGGAGACUCUGGAUUUGUGCCAAAUAACAUUUUGGAUAUUGUAAGAGCCCCAGAGUCUGGACUAGGGCGUGCUGAUCCUCCUUACAUGCAUACCAUACAGCUGUUGAUGCCAAAGAAGGAGUUUGAGUUAUUCAAGGUAUGAUUUACUCUGCUUCUG